CCUUUUGUAGUUUGUGUAGUUUGAGUGUCAACAUCUUAGCAACUGUGUGCCGCUGGUUUUCACCUUAGAAGUGACGCCUCGCGAUUUUGUUUUGAAGGGGAAGCGGAAGUGUCAGCGGGGCGCUACGGCGGCUCGUAGGGCUCAAAAAGUUCGCAGCUAGCGACGCUGACGAUGGGAGACGUUGUUUGCGAGGAGCUGGAAGAUUUGGUUCAUUUUUCGGUGCACGACCUUCCCGCCAGAGGCUAUGUCGUCAUGGAAGAAAUACGACGGCAGGGGAAACUCUGUGACGUCACGCUCAAGGCGGGCGAGCACAAAUUCAGCGCCCACCGCAUCGUGCUGGCCGCUUCCAUCCCAUACUUUCAUGCCAUGUUCACCAACGACAUGGUGGAGUGCAAGCAGGACGAGAUCCUCAUGCAAGGGAUGGACCCCAGUGCUCUGGAGGCUCUGAUCAACUUUGCGUACAGCGGCCACGUCGCCAUCGACCAGCAAAACGUUCAGUCUCUUCUGAUGGGUUCCAGCUUCUUGCAGCUGCAGAAUGUCAAAGACGCUUGCUGCUCCUUCCUGCAGGACAGGUUGCAUCCAAAAAACUGUUUGGGAGUGCGUCAGUUUGCCGAGACCAUGAUGUGCACGUCGCUCUACGACUCUGCCAACGACUUCCUGCGCCGGCACUUUGUAGACGUGUCCUCGUCGGAGGAGUUCCUCACCCUGAGGACAGACGAGCUGCUCGAGCUUGUCGCCUGCGAUGAACUCAAUGUCAAAACGGAGGAACAGGUUUUCGAAGCGGCUCUGUCUUGGGUCCACCACGAUCGUGCCCGACGUCAAUCUCUGCUGCCGGAGCUGCUGUCAAAGAUUCGACUGCCUCUUUGUCGUCCUCAAUUCCUGACGGAGAGAGUCCAGCAGGAAGAACUUGUGCGCUGCUGCCAUAAAUGCAGAGACCUCCUGGACGAGGCCAAAGACUUCCACUUGAUGUCGGAGCGUCGUCCCCACCUUCCUGCCUUUAAGACGCGUCAGAGGUGCUGCACGUCCAUUAUGGCGCUCAUCUACGCCGUGGGAGGACUCAACAGCUCAGGCGACUCGUUGAACGUAGUGGAGGUGUUCGACCCGGCGGGGAACUUCUGGGAACGCUGCCAACCAAUGAGGACGGCCCGCAGCAGGGUUGGCGUGGCCGUCCUCAACGGACUCCUCUACGCCAUCGGCGGUUACGACGGCCAAUCGCGACUCAGCACCGUGGAGGUCUACAACCCCGAAACAGACAGUUGGACCAGAGUGUCCAGUAUGAACAGCCGACGCAGCGCCAUGGGAACAGUGGUCGUUGACGGUCACAUUUACGUGUGCGGAGGCUAUGACGGAAAAUCCUCCCUCAACUCUGUGGAAUGCUACACACCUCACACCGACAGGUGGAUGGCGGUGACAGAAAUGAGCGCCAGUCGCAGUGCCGCCGGCGUCACCGUCUUUGACGGACGCAUAUUUGUCUCCGGAGGACAUGACGGAUUACAGAUAUUCAACACAGUGGAGUAUUACAACCAUCAUACCAAGCGCUGGCACACGUCCUCGCCCAUGUCUAACAAGCGUUGUCGUCACGGAGCGGCUUCCCUGGGCAGCCAGCUGUAUGCCGUUGGUGGCUACGACGGUUCCGGCUUCCUUAGCGGCGCCGAAGUCUACAGCUCAGCGUCGGGCCAGUGGACCCACUUAGCGCCCAUGAACACGCGACGCAGCAGAGUGUCUUUAGUGGCCGCCUCGGGGCGCCUCUACGCCGUGGGCGGCUACGACGGCCAGACCAACCUGGGAUCGGUGGAGAUGUUUAACCCCGACACAGCCCGCUGGACCUUCAUGGCACCCAUGGCCUGCCAUCAGGGUGGCGUGGGCGUGGGCUGCGUGCCCCUGCAGCCCGCUUAAACGCAGGUGGACGGUUGGGUGAGGACACUGCGCCAGCUUAGCCGGAGUCGCGGCGGCUAACGGUUAGCGCUCACGAACGCCGGCGGACACCAUGGUCUCGCUCGGAACGAGGAGCGGCGUAGAAGCGCUCAAUGCUUCAAAAUAAUAGCGCCUAACUCGGUGGACUUUUAUUUUGGAAACAGGAAACGUCCUCGUGAGUUCCAAAACAAUGAGCGGUAAGUGGCGAAAACAUGGGGGAAAAAGAAAUAAACGUUGCUUCCAGAAAUGUGUCAAGAAAAAAGAUGUCGACAAUUACUCCAAUGUUCAAACGUAACUUUCAUUGACAUUGACGAUGAUAGACGUCCAAUCAUGUCAAAAAUUAAAUAAAACACUUUAAAUGAGUUUAUCAUGUACAAAUGUCCAAUGCAUUUGAAGUGGGAGGAUUGGCAGCGAAUGGACGUUUAUUUGCUGCCAAAUCUCCGACUUCAAAUGGAUUGGGUGCCUGUCAGCGUCAAUGGCAGCUACUGAGUCGGGAAAGAAAAGCGCCUACUAUCGAACUGUAAUUUUAAUGUUGGCUGUGAUGGUAGUACUCAGAGAGUCGAAUACCUUUUGAGGUGGUAUGUGAUGUAAAUUGUUGGAGUGCUACUGUUCUCUGCCGCUGUCCAUUUUGUAUUGCUGUUACUCUUACUUUAAAGGUGCUACGAAAUGCUACAGCAAGUGACUUUAAAAUGUUAGCGGACCAAAUUUCUGACACAUAUCCAUCAAAAAAGUGACAGAAAAGGCACAUUAAAAAAUCUCCAAACAGAAUGUCACGACCAGAAUGGCAUUUUUGCAGUCUGCUACCAUGCUAUUCAUCGGCUUCUGUCAUUCUAUCAACAUGUACUAGCUAGUCCAGGCCAAGAAAGUGAGGGUUACCAAAUCAAAAAUCAUGGAAAAAUUAUCAUGGAAAAUGGCUGUUCCCUGAUACUUUGUUUUGGAAAAACGAUGGAUGGAAAAACUGAAAUGGUAAAUGACAGUGAGAUUUGAGUGCUGAAUUUGUUAGCUACAGUGGUACAUUUAUAGGUUUUCAUACAGUCUGGCACAUCGAUUAGGACUAAUCUUUGCCAUUCUUCUCUAAAAAAACUGCUGUCGUUCAGUCAGAUUCCUGGGAUGUCUGGCAUGAAACGCUGUCUUUAGGUCAUGCCACAGCAUCUCAAUGGGGUUCAAGUCUGGACUUUGACUUGGCCAAUCCAGAACAUGUAUUUUGUUCUUCUGAAACAAUUCUGAAGUUGAUUUACUUCUGUGUUUUGGAUCAUUGUCAUGUUGCAGCGUCCAUCAUCUUUUUAGCUUCAACUGUCUAACAGACUGCCUCAAGUUUUCCUGCAAAACAUCCUGAUCAACUUUUGAAUUCAUUCUUCCAUUAAUGAUAAUUUUGUAAGUUGUCCAGGCCCAGAGGAAGCAAAACAGCCCCAAAUCAUGCUGCUCUUUCCACCAUGCUUCACAGUGGGGAUGAGGUGUUGAUGUUGGUGAGCUGUUCCAUUGUUCCUCCACACAUGACUUUGUCUCACUCCCAAACAAUUCAACUUUGAUCACACUUGUCACAAUUUUUAUUGCUCUUUCCUGGAUAUCUUUCCGCCAACAUGUCAUUGAACAGAAUACAGUCUUUGGCGACAUCUUGAGACUGACAACCAUCCCUACAUGUGGGAUUGGUUGUCACUUAUUUAAAUGGGAUUUUCUUUCAAAAGUAAAAAGGAAUGAUUUGUUUUGUGUGUUAAAUUAUCUUCAUAAGGAACAUUUACUAGAAUACAUUUUACCAUUAAAUGUUCUUUCAACAGAACACUAACGUUUCAGGUUACAGUGUAAAAACAACUCAUUGCACAUUCCGCACAAAAUUUAGACCAGGACUGAACAUCUUAGCUAGCUACUGUCUGGGAGAACUGGCUGUGGAUGUUCAGCUUUCACCACUAUCGACAACGUUAGACGUCCAAUCUAUUGUUACUGGGUGGGACGAAUAAACUAAAGCUAAACUAGCAUAAGUAGCUAGCUUGCGAAUGUAAAUCAAAACUAGCUUUGUCCUCUCAUACUUUUUAUUCUUUGGUAGUAACACAUUAAUAACUAAAUCAGUUGUGUAAAUGCACUUAAAAAGCAUACUGAGGACAUAUUUUGAAAUUGACCUUAAGAAAUUGUUUAUUUUACACUACAUUAAAGACAAUGCAUGUUCAAUUUUAAUUCUAAUCAUUUCAAUACUGAUAGUGCGCAACAUUGCCCUCUGGUGGCUAAGUCUAUUGCUUGAUAUUUGAUGUAAGGUUGGGCAAUUAUAUGAUCACGAAAUCAUCUGCGGUCGAUGUCGGCAUACUUUUCCCAUCAAAUGUGUUGAAAGCGUGCGUUACGAAGGCAAAUUGAAGUCAAUCUUUUUUGUACAGUUUAUCAAAGCAGAAUCAGUUGAAAAGCAAAAGACUUUUUAUUGUGUCAUUCAUUAGCAGGAAUCGCCAUUCACAACACCACAUGACUCCUCAGCUCCUCUUUAAUGACCGCAUGGCUUACUGGAGUCCACUGGGUCUUUGGUUCCAGACGGCGCCGGGGGACCACCGUCUGCCGGAGUCCCGGAAUGUUCGUCGAGGUUGCUCUGCGGAUCGGGACACCUAGAUGGACGGUGUUUUGGCAGGUUAUUACAGGAUUGUUCAAUCAAAAGCAGUGGUGUAUUCAAAGGAGUAUUCAAAGUUUCAAUGACAAUUACAAUGCUGGAGCUUCCCCAAGACUGUUUUAAUCAGCGGCUAAUCUAUCAGCAAAAGAACCGAUAACUGUUUGAUAGUGAACAUUGUUGGCCUCAAAAUUGCCUAAAUUGCAUAUUUUAGACUUCUAAUUGUAUUUUUUUUCUUUUUCAUAUUUUGCUUAUAUUAGAACAUCUAUUUUUAAUUUUCAUGUAUUAUUUAAAAUAAAAUGUCCUUUAUAGGGCACUCAUUGGCUGCCAUUACCGUCCGUUCAUUUACCCCCUCGUCCAAUCCGGUAGGGGCAAAUAAUCAUAUGCAAUUUUUGCAAAAAAUGUACUGUUCCUCCAAAAUUCGACAAACCUCCCCAUUUAUUUCCAAUGGCCCCAUUUAUUUCCAAUGGGGUAAAAAUGACCCGAUAUUACCAGGAAGUGAUCUAAAAAGCCACGUCGUGGAAUUGUGGCUUG